AUGCCGUCGCACAAACGCGUAAUAUCCGGUGAUGGCGGUGAUGAACCGCCAUCUAUUUUGCAUCGUAUUCGCAACAUGUGGCAAUUCGCCAACCUUUGUCAGUGGAUAUACAUGUUUGGCAAGGCUGCGAAGAUUGAUGAUGCCAUCGACAUUGAGGAAAUCGAAACGGAUUGCUUAAAACCACAACCGACGCUGCUCUCAGAUAUAGCACUGGCUUUGCUUAAACUGGUGUCCACACACCGUGGACUGACACCAGAUGUACUGGAUCACCAAAUUCGAAAGCAAUAUCUAGCGAAAGCACCGAAACAGAACCCGUUUGGUAGCGAGAUCAACCCUGUGUCUUUCAGCGGCCUAGAUGUCUUUACAAAGGUCAAGGUUCUUCAAAAGCUGACACAAUGGACAAUGGUGCACCCGGAGCGCCUUCGAGAGAAAAUGGUAGAGCACAAAGAUGCUGAACAGUCCAAUUGGCGCAUUGAGCCGUAUGGAUGGGACAAACACGACCGAGUGUAUUAUGUGCUGGACGACAACAGAAUAUACCGAUUUACAGAACCACAGAGCAACGGCCCACAACUAAAACCCAGAAAGACGAAGCAGUACCGGACUGGUCGCCGAGUAAGCAAGAGACGACGCAUAUCAUCAUCUUGUGAAGACGAUGUCGAGGAUCUGAGCGACAGGCAAUAUGAUUCACAGCCUCCCGAGGAUGAUCUUGGUGGGGGGGCUUGGGAAUGCAUUGCUAUCACGUUGCAAGAAACCAAGUCUUUCAUAGAAACAUUGGCGAAAACUCGUGAUGGAAAUGAGAAAACAUUGCGAAAACAGCUUGAAACGCAUUUACUACCGAUCCUUGAAAAGCAGGAGGAAGCGACGAAACGACGAGAGCUCCAGCGAGAGCGCGAGUUGCUCAACUUAGCCAAGAUGGCAAACGCCAAAAGGUCGAGCCGAAUUGCCGAUAAGGUGCAAAAAAAGAAGAGGGAUGUAGAGGAAAAGAAGGAACAGCGUCAGAGGUUAGAAGCCGAGAGAGCUGAGCACCGGGAGAAGCUUGUCCAGCUCAAACUUGAGCAAGAGCGCGAUUCCCGUAUGCAUGCUCGCCAGCGACGUUUGAAGGAGAGAGAAGCCCGUCGCAUGCGCCAUGAAGAAGAGCUAGCCCAGUUGUCUGAGGAUAGCAAGCAUGCUCCUGAGUCCGCACGCAUCUCUGAGCGACGCCUCCAUGCUGAGAUCCAGCGAAAUCAACAAGCACUAAAGGACAUUGAACAAGAAGAAGACGACUGGGUCUUUGAUUGCAUUUGUGGAUUACAUGGCCAAGUUGAUGAUGGGACUCACAGCGUCGCUUGUGAAUCUUGUAACGUUUGGCAGCACAGCAAGUGCCUGGGGAUCCCUGAAGACGAAGCAGACCAAAGCGAGUUCCGUUUUGUCUGUUCGUCGUGCAGGCGCCGAGACGAUGAUAAGAAUGCAUCACCAAAGACUAUCAUCAAAAUCAAGGUUCGACCGUCGAAGAUCAUGCCGAACGCUCCAACAAGGGCGGAUGCACACACGGUAUCCGAAGUGAAGCAUGAUUCGAUCAUCCAGUCGGGUCAAGAUCGUUCAGCGGAAAAACCAUCAUCUUUGGUGUUGCAGAGAGAAACCCGACCUAACGGGUUGGCAAUGGUCUCUAAUCAGCCGCCAUCUCAAGCGACAAUAUCCAGACUUGGUUCUCAUAGAGAUGUUGAGUCCUACAAGUAUUGCAAUUCCUCAAACAAGGCUUCUCCCAAUAUUUCUGGCUCUACGGCGCUAUCUGAAAGUCAAUCCCUCGCUACGCAUGGUUCGUCUACUGCAAAGCAGGACGUCGCCAGGAAUGCACAGGCCGGAGAAUUAGCUCAGCUCAGUUUGUCCAUUGUGGACACAAAGGCUCCAAUUGAUACGGGUGAAUCCCUUUCUUCAGCGCCCUAUUUGGCACCAGGGGAUAGCAAAUAUUCGGGCCUACGUCUCAAUCAGACUGGUUAUUCUCCUUUAACACAACAAUCACCAACAAUCGUCAUGCCGGCCACACACACAAAGGACAAUCUCGAAUCAUGCAAAGGGGCCGCUGAGGAAAGAAAUUCAUCGUCUGCACCUGAUUCACUACCAGUCUCUAUUACAUCAUUUGCAGCCACACCAGGCUUUGUAUCAACACCAAUAAGGCCGAACGAAGAACACGAGGCCGGCUAA